AUGAAAGCUCCUCUCCAGCGUGACACCUUCUCUCCCGCCCAAUGGCGCAACAUCGGCUUCUACAUCGUUGGCAUCAUGUUGUACAAGUUCGGUCUUGAGUGGUACAACGGAGCCUUCAUCACCCUGGCCAACGAGCGCUUCAACAGCAGCAAUCGAUACACCAACAUUGGUAUCUUGACUGGUACGAAUUAUGCCGCUCAGGCCAUCGGAUCCAUCCUCGUCGCUCCGCUGAUCAAGCGCUACCCUACCCGAAGUGUUCUGGCCUGCGCCAUCAUGAUCUUCGCCGUCAUCUCUACCGUUCCGAUGAUCGCUGAUGCUGCCACUGGUGGUCAGCCCAAGUUCAAGACUGCGAACAACGACGAGCGGUAUGGGACUUGGAAUCCCAAUGGGCUCUUUCCCAUCUACGUCGUCAGUGGACUCUCUUAUGGUACCGUCGAGCUGAUCCGACGUGUUAUGCCGAGGGACAUUGUCGGUAGCGACGUCGUCAAGCUGAAGAAGAUGGACUCUCUCGUCCACGUCCUGUACGAAAUUGCUGGUACCUCCGGUGCCUUUACCUCCACCGCCUUGAUCGCCAAGUUCGGCUACAACUACUCUUCCCUCCUGACCCCUGUUUGCUUCACCUUUGCUUGCGCAGCCUGGUUCUGCGUUGCUCCCGUCGGAGAGGCCAGCAAGCGCAAGGAGACCGCCAAGCUGGCUGUGUUGGAGAACGAAAUCUCUGCCAAGGAGCCUCUCGGCAAGGCCAUGUUGGGUGCCUUCAAGGCGUUUGGCAAGGCAUUCUACUACGGUGGCUACCUGGUCCUGACCGACAGACGCUUCAUCUGGCUCGUUCCCGGCUAUACCCUCGCCCUGUACGGACACCGAUACCUCGAGAAUGGUCUUGCUCCAAUCUUUGCCAGGUCCGUCAUCGGUCGAUCCUCCUAUUCGCAGAUCAUCGUAGGUGGUUCCAACUUCGGUGAGCUCCUCGGUGCUCUCACUGUCAUGUGCUUCACCACCCAAGUGCCCACGCCUAUGCCAUGGCUGCGACUGGACGCUGUUCUCCUGAUGCUCGUCUGGGUCAUGCCAUGGUUCCCGACUACUCGUAACAGCGUCGGAUCGGCCUGGAGGCUCGCUGCGACCUUCAUCCCCAUCUCCUUUGGUUGGGCCGCGGGCGACGUCUCGCUCGCCGCUUACAUCCAGUCGACACUGGACAAGGUUGAGUCUCGCGACCCCGACGUGUCCUCUCUGGGCGCAGUCAUGAGCUUCCUCUAUGUCCUCUAUAUCAUCCUCUAUUCGGUCAUCAGCUCCACCCUCGGCAGAUUUGUCGACAGUAGGCUGCGUGGCCUCACCGGUGCUGCGACGGAGCAACCUGCCCGCGAUGUCCUUCGAAUGGUCGCUGGCGUACACUUCACUGUGCUGUCCGCGAUCAUCAUCGCCUCGACGUUCAUUCCCAAGGGCUCUUUCGCACUCAACCCCAAGGCCAUCGAUGUCGUCCCCGGUGCGACGGAUGAGGAGACCGAUGGGGUUCAGAGGAGGGACAUCGACGGUUUGGAUGAGGAUGAGGAGCUGAAGAAGACGGCGCCCGAGAAUGAGAGACCCUCCGAGCUCGCAAAAUGA